AUGGCCGAAAUUCUCAUCAAGGACGAGGAUCUUAGUGCCCUCAAGGGCAAGGUUGUCGUCCUCACAGGCGGCUCGUCGGGUAUCGGCCUCGCUACUGUCGACCUGCUGCUGUCGCUGGGAGCGUCGGUGGUCAGCGGCGACGUCAACCCGCCGCCGGCCGAGGCGCCCGGCCUGCUGUUUGUGCGAACCGACGUGUCCAAGUGGGAGGACCUGCGCGCGCUCUUCAAGAAGGCCAAGGAGCACCACGGCCGCAUCGACAGCGUCUUUGCCAACGCGGGCAUCGGCCCCCGCGCCAACUACCUGGCCCUGGAGACGGACGACCAGGGGGAGCUCAAGGAGCCGUCGCACGAGCUGCUCGACAUUGGUCUGAGGGGCCUCAUCAACACCGCCUGCCUGGCCCUUCACUACAUGAAGGAGCAGCCCGAGGGCGGCAGCAUCGUCCUCAUGGGCUCCAGCACGGGACUGCAGCCCCUGCGCGCCGUCGAUUACUCUACGGCCAAGCACGGCGUCCUGGGGUUCGGCAGGGGUCUUGCGCGACUUGCAGAAAUCGCGGGGCUUCCCAUCCGCAUCAACACCCUGACGCCCUCAUGGACGAGCAGCAACGUCCUGCCCGGCUUCGAGGACCUCAUGAAGGGCAUCCAGCACGUCCCCCAGCCCGCUCUCGUGGUUGCUCGCGCUGCCGCCUACCUCAUGGUCGACGCCUCCAGGCAAGGAAACGUUGUCUACGUCGCGGAUGGCAAGUACAAGGAGAUUGAGAAGACGGUGCUGUACCCUGCGUACGAGACCGUCCUGGGACAGGGCAACGCCAGCGAUGAUGACGUCCUGAGGCGUCUUUUGGAGGUGGCUGCCGCUGCCGCCCCUGCUGCCCAAUGA